AUGGCUUCUCACUUGAGCAACAUAUAUGGAUCCGAACAAGACAAAGUAAAUUGUUCGUUUUACUUGAAGAUCGGUGCAUGUCGUCACGGUGAACGGUGUUCACGAAAACAUAUAAAACCUACCUUCUCUCAAACCUUUGUCAUCGCAAAUAUGUAUCAAAACCCAGCACAUGAUCCAAACUGUAAACUCUCAGAAGCAGAAUUGGCUUCCUACUUUGAAACGUUUUACGAAGAUGUGUUUUGUGAAUUGGUAAAAUACGGAAACUUGCUUGAGAUGCACGUUUGUGAUAACGUAGGUGAUCAUCUGAUUGGAAAUGUUUAUGCUCGAUACGAAUGGGAGGAUGAAGCGCAAAUUGCGGUUGAUGCUUUUAAUCAGCGUUGGUAUGCUGGACGGCCACUUUUCGCUGAGCUCUCACCGGUGACCGAUUUUCGAGAAGCCUGUUGUCGACAAAACGACAUGGGUGAAUGCAAUCGAGGAGGUUUUUGUAACUUUAUGCAUCUUAAGGAACCGCGAUCAUCCCUGGUGCGCGAACUCCAUGCUCAACAGCGUGUAGAGCGCAAACUUAAUCCUUCAGCACGCGAUCAGGAGAGAGCGCGAGAGAUGGCUGAGUUUGGUGUAGCACCCGUCAGCAAAGAUCAUGCAAUGGCUGAUCCGUCAGAUCAAGACCCUGAGCAGCUGGAUGAUCGACAAAGGAACGGUAAACGACGUAGCUCGCACCAUGACCGUUCUUUCUAGGUUUUUGUACAACAUCUCAAAUCAAUCCGGGCUACACCUAUGAAACAACCUACUCUCAAAGAUAUCG